GUCAGCAUAGCAUCAGAAUGCAUCUCUUUACAGCGGCGUUUUUGAUGGCUGGCGUUGCGCACGGGCAGAGCACCAGUGCCGCUGUCCCCACCGCAACGAUGUCGACAUCACUCGUUCUGUCCAGGCGUCAAAUGUCCCAGACGAUACAGAAAUUCAGUUAAUCAGCGACCCGCUCGAGACUUGUUUUAUCAAAGUCAACAAUCCCAGUCGAUGUGAAGGCCAUGGACGCUUGGCACAGCGGUGUCUGCCCGCUUUCACAGGCAUCAAGGCACCAAGGCACCACGGCACCACGGCACUCGGUCGCAUCCCACGAAAAACUGUCGCGCGGCAUCAGCAACUUUGUUUUCAUUCCCUCUUUCCCCCAAAUCAUCCUCUUCCCGUCAUCCCCUCGUCCUACAUCCGAUGAUGCAUAUUCUCUGGAGGAGCGGACCAAAGUGAACCCACCACGGCGCGAUGUUUCCAGAGGAUGACUCCAUCCGGCCUCUCAGAUCCCGACUGGGAUGCAAAACCUGCAAAGCCCGGCGAGUGAAAUGUGGCCAGGAGAAGCCCACCUGCGUGCGAUGCAGCAGCACCGGUCGCCAGUGCGAAUAUCGUCGUGCAACCACGCGCACCUUUUCAUCCGCUCCGGCCACGCGGACGGUGCUCGAUCACCCUCUGUCCUCCUCGCCCAACACCGUCUGGCGAGAGCGGCGCGCCUUUGCCUACUACUUCCAUCGGGCCGCCGUAUCCGUGGGCGGCGAACUGGAUGUCGACUUCUGGCGCUCGAUCAUCCCGCAGGUCUGCCGAGCCGAACCGGCGGUGUGGGAUGCCAUGAUCGCUCUCAGCUCGCUGCUGGAGAGCCCCGAACUCUGUCCGGACGUGAUCGCCUUCCGCCGACCGCAUCCCCACAGCCUCAAUGAUAAGCAACGAGACGCGCUAGGCUGGUACUCGCGCUCCGUAGCGGCCGUUCGCCGUCACCUCGAGACCGGCGGCGUCGACAUCUUCGUGGGCCUGGUCACCUGCGUCCUGUUCAUUUGCAUCGAGGCUCUCAUGGGAGGCCUACCCGAGGCCGUGCAACUCUAUGAUCAGGGGGUCCGUCUCAUUCUCGCUCUGCGCAGCCAAAUCGCCUGCGGUCUGGUAUCGGAGGCCCGGGCUUCCUUGCUGGAGGACACAAUCGUCCCCAUCUUUGUUCGACUCGGAAUGCUAUCGACACGUAUCGUCGCGCUCCCCGUGAGUGCUCUCUUGACCGAGACCAAACACCCCUUGACGCCAUGGUUUCCUUCUCUGAAGGCGGCCCGGGAGGCGAUUGUUGCCCUCGCUGCAGAGGUCCAGCUUUUCGAAGAGACAUGCAACGGGUAUCUCCUUGCCUCGAGUGCAACCCAGGUCACCGAAGAGCUCAUGAUGCGGCAACAGAACCUGUCUACGAGGCUGGAAGGCUGGCACUCGGCCUUCACUAAAUUCAUGAAUUCGUCAUCGGCGACGGACCUCCCGCCACAUCAGCGAAUCAGCAUCGGUGCUUUGCUCCUGACAUACUACGACAUGUCAUUUGUGAUCCUCGUAGUCUGUGUGUCACGGUCCCGGAUCGCCCACGACGCGUGCCUGCAGAACUUCCGAAAUAUCGUCGAGCAGUCAAGUAUCGUUCUGAAUGACCUGGCGCCGGGGGGCGGCACGGCACCGUCGUUCACGUGUGAAAUCGGCGUCGGCUUUCCCCUGUGGUUCACCUGCCUCCGAUGCAGCGAUCCGACCACCCGACGCACGGCACUCGCUCUGCUCCGGCGAGCGCACCGGGUGCAGGGAUUUAAUAACCGCGACCACGGGGCCAUGGUGGGGAAGUGGGUGAUCAUGCUCGAAGAAACGUACGGGAUGGCGCUGAGUGCCGCCCAAGCUAGGCGUGGUGCCAUAGCCUUGGGGUCCCGGGAUGCUACCAAUGAGGAACGCUCUCAAUCCCAAGAGAUGGACGACCUCAGCAGCCUCCUCGGCAGCCUGGACAUCAAAUUGGCCGCAGGUGCUAGCCCGUCUGCAGCGAUCCAACCUAUAGCGCCGUCGGCAGACCUCGUCCCAGAAGAGGCCCGCAUCCGACCACACGGGGUAUUUCGGCCACGAGAUGGGUUUCCUCAGGGGACAAGCGAGGCCGACCUCACGCGGUGGAGCCGAAGCUCGGAUCAAACGUUCUUGCAGUUCUCGAGGACGGUGCACGAUCGGUCGAACGAUACUUGGCAGGUGAUCUAUAGUUAUAUUCCCAUCGAUUUCUAGCCAUCGACUGCGGCGUAGAAAAGUUCCACUUGUCGAGUUGGGCUUCGGCGGGGAUUUUACGAAGUAUGACUCGGAUGAGCACCAGAUUGUCGACCCGGCAGACCACGGAGUAAGUUAUAGCCAAGAGCGAGCUGUUUUGUGUGUAUUGCGUACUUGAAUCCUCCAGCCCACCACAGCGUAGAAGGAGAC